AAAAAACACCUCCGCAAAGCUAUACAUGACCAAAGACUACGCAUCACUACAAAAUCUGGUGCCAAUCUCGAAGAAACACUUCAACGAGCUGAAGGCGAAAUUCAGAAUGCAAAUGCCACCAACACGGAGCUGCAACUAAUAAUCCAUGUAGGUACUACUGACGUCCUAAAUAAAGCAGACAUAGAAAAGAGCACUGACCAACUGAAGCAACAACUGACAUACUGGAGCCAAAAGACACCCAAACACCACUACAUAGUGUGUGCCAUCCCUGAACCGAAAACAAGGGGUCAACAAAUUGCAACAGCAUGCCAAACAUGGAACACAGCAGUCCAAACUGCGUGUACAGCACUGGGCCCCAGUGUGCGGUUUAUUUCAACAGCUGCCCACCUAACCGAAGAUCACCUAAAUGAUAUCCACUACUCGGAACAGGCAGCUGACCAGGUUGGCAAUCAACUAGGCGAGGCCAUAAAAUCUUUUUUAUGGGACAAACAACCAACUCGCUCACAACACUGGAGACGAUCAACAAGGCCAGAUCAGAGGACAGUACAAACGCUACUGAAGGCAAUGACAACAGCCCUAGGCAAACUAGGACAGAGAAACCGGCACUGGUAAACAACCAAACAGGCAAAGCCAUACACACAACCCCC